AGCAAAGAUGUCGGAGAAAAUCAACUUGUAUGAGUUACUAAACUCAUCUAUCCAGCCUCCUCGGGGGACUGAGGUUAACUUCUCCAGUUUACAUGCCCUACUUAGAGCCAUACUGGAGCAGCUGGAUAACCUGCGGGACACCCUCAUCCAGACGGAGGAAGAGGAGGACGGCGUGUCCGAGGUGAGAGAAAUGAGCUUUUAUUGAUGUGUUGUUAAUUUAGAGAGAAGAAGCAUCACUUUUUUUUGGGCUCAGUUAUUUUGUGGUGAGAUUUUAUGAAUGUUAGCUGGUGCUGGACCUCGAUAAAUAGUCAUUUUCAGACAUUUCUGCAGUUAAAAAUAGACCAUCACACUCAGUUUUAGCCACUUCCGUAGUAACGGUAAGACAGUAAGUAGUAGUAGUAGUAUCUAUAGUAUCUAUACCCACAUUAUCUCCACUGAUGUUUAACUAAAACAGUGUUUACAUGUAUAAUUUAGAGCCAUAGCCUUCUGGACCUUUUCUACUCUAUCACUGUUACUCAAGGAAAUGUUCAUUAUGAGUCUUUAAACACCGUCCUAUCCUAACAGUGACAUUUUAAGUGUUGACAAAUUUAUGUGGUCUUAGAAUUUGAAUAUGUAUUGACAAACUUUCAGGCCUUGUUGUUUUUAGCCUCUUCUCGGCAGUUUGGGCACAAACGUCAAAUGAACCGAAGUUUUUCUGGUGGUUUGACAUUAGUGGAGUGUCUGUCAUUAGGAUAAAGCAAGAGGGUAUUCUCAACAGCAAGCUUUGCUAUAAAGAAAUAAUGGACCGUUUCUAUGGAGUUUUGACCAAUCACAGUGAAGUAUUUCUUAUGUCUUUAAUUGUUGAGUGUUGGCCCCAUUGGUCUUUGGAUGUUUGACAGCAGGUGUCAGGGAAUGAAGCAUUGUCAGCCUCAGAGAUUAAAGUAAGUAUAUCUCAUAAGUAGUUUCACAGCAACCUCAAAAAGAAAGUGCAAAGAUAUGAUCGCAACACGUUUUAUUUUUCUUACAAAACUGUAACUGGCAGACUUGAUGGGCUAUGUAUUUUUGACAAUAAGCCUUUGUGAAAGGACUGGUUUUCAACAUUCAGCUUAUGUUGCCUUGAUGCCUACCUCCCAUGUGGGCCAAUGGUGUCAUAACACAUGGGUUGCCUUUGUCCUACAGUGACAAAACCUACAAUGACACCUGUGAUUGAUGCUGAUGAGUAAACAGUUGGAGCAGGUCAACAUGUCUCACAGCACAAUGUUAACUCUGUAUUGUAACUCCUCAGUUGGGAGUUUCUGUAAAUAUCAAAUAACCUUUUUUGAGACUAAAAAACCUCUGAGUCUGAGUCUGAGCCAGCAGUUCUUCUUCUUCUUCUGCGUCUUUUUUGGCGGGCAGGAGCAAACAUUUCAGCAUGGAAUUAAGCUGCUGAUGACAGAGCAAAGGACAAUGGGAGACGGGCACCACCCUGACAUCUCAGAUGGCCUCUGCGUGCCUCUGUUCAGGUUUCUGCUUCCAUCAGUGGGGUGAAAAGAGGUGAAGAGGGUUUUGUUCUUUCCUUUGUCAGAAAAAAAUAAUUCUGACAAAGGAAAGAGAUUGAUCAAGAAAAGGUGUUCAAGGGAAUAUUCUUGUCCAGGACAUGUUUUUCAUAUCUUGCUCUUGAUCUUGUCCACUCUCUCCUGCUCCCUCAGUUUAUGUGAUAGGGGGUAAUUAGUCCCCUGCAGUGAUGACUCUGGUUGUCAGGGGAUGAAUAGCUCUCAGGUUGAAAACAGGAUGCUGGGCAGGUGCAGGCGAUGCUGCGCUUGAAUCAUUCAUAUCCUAUCUGGGCAUCAUUCAGGUCAGCUGUCAUAUCUGAGGAGGUGACCUGCUGUGCCCUCGUCGACCUGUGUCUUCUCUCUGAUAGCUAAAGAGCUCAGCUACACGUGGGUAUACACCACAUGUCAUUGUUUGGGGUCAGUAUACAUAUCAUGAUGUUCCUAUUGGGCUGAGAGGAACUGCUUUUACAGAACAUACAUUUUCAUUUGGAUUAACCCUUCAUUUCCUGAUCUGGGUUGGGUAUUUGGAAAAGAGUGGUGCCAUGAUUGAAGAACCUUAUCAUGAAGGCAACAUUCUAGUCCAAGAUUAAUUCCCUUAUGAGGACAUAGGUAUUGUAAUUUUUUUUCAUUUAAAAAGGAAUAUCACUCUUACUCAUCUAUUGAUUACUCGAUAAAUUUAAUAAUAUUUUGGAUAAUUAUCAAAUGUUAUAGAUAUGCAAAAAUAAUUAGUUCUAGCAGCCCUCAUAUCAUGUGACCCCUCUUUGUGACCAGCUGUUAGUCAUUCAGUAUGUCAGUGAAGCUCUGUGGGGGUCGCUCUUCAUCCGUUCAUGUCCUGGCACGUUUGACCCAGGUUAAAUAUCAACUCAUCUAUAGCUCUGGAAUGUCAUUAGUUUUAGUGUGUCUCUUUCUCACACACACAAAAAUGCACAUGCGGAUAAUUAAACAAAUGAAAUGGUGCCGUUUACUCUGCCAACGGAGUGUGACAGUCCCGCAGGAAAUGUAAACAUCCUGGUUAAGAAAAGGGACCACCAGGCUGAGCUGGAAAAUGUAAGACAGCUUGUGUAACAGCUGGAUACUCUUAUCUGUUACCCCUGGCCUGUGCUUCAGCCCUUUUGUCAGCUCCGGUGUGUCCUGUUUGCUCGCACCCCCAUCUUAGGUCAGAUUGUUGCUACUGUGAAGGAUUUUUCUUCAUAUUUUAUUGAAGUGGUUUUAAAGACACAAGUUUGCUAAUCAUCUUAGCUGCUCACUAAACUGGGUUGAGCAACAAUGGAAGCCUUUGGUACCACCAUUUUAACCAUACUAUUGAUGAUUGUUUAAUCAUCUUAGCUGCUCACUAAACUGGGUUGAGCAACAAAAAACAUAUCUUUGAUAAGAAGAAUUAACUUUUAACACUUUUUUUUUUACAUCUAUUAUAUCUUAUGAUGUUUUUUUUUUUUUUUUUUGGGUUAGUCUUAGUCCUUUUGUUUCCUAAUUUUUAACUCAAGAUAACCUGUCUUCUGUCAUCUGUGGCAAUUUGAAGAUUCUUUACCUGUUUUUUUUUUCUCUGUGUGUGUGUGUGUGUGUGUGUGUGUGUGUGUGUGUGUGUGUGUGUGUGUGUGUGUGUGGGAGGGUGGGUGAGGUUCUAUAUUUGUAUUUUUUAUUUCAUAUCUUUCUUGAAUGGACACCAUGUUGUGCUACAUUUUUUGUAUGAAAAGUGCUUUAUAAAUAAAGUUCGACUGACUGAUUAAUUAUAUAUUUUUGCGUUUUAUGAAAAAAAAAAAAAAUUACAAGUUCAGAGAAAUUUUCUUGCCAUUAAAUAUAAGAACAGCUGACCUUCAGGGCAACCUUACAUACCUCAAUUAAGACUUAAGAAGGUGUAUUAGGAUUGUAAGGGUGGACAGACGGCAGAAUUUUAUUGACCUUUUCUGUGUCCAGAAGUUUGCUGCUGAAGAAAAGACCGUUGAGAAGUGCUGCCACCGUGUGGACGCCCUGGAGGGAACAUUGGUGAGCGAGGAGAAGAAUCAGCAUCACUCACACUUCUAGUCCCUUUGAUUUAUUUUCUAAAUAGCUACCAUGUUGUUACGGUCACAGAGAUCCUUGAGGGAUACUUUUCAGAAGUCCCCGGAGCUUGUAGAGCUGUGCAAGAGCGUGAGCUGGGAGUUCAUGCAGUCUGCUCAACAUCCUGGAAGAGACGAUCUUCAAAAGGUGGGAUAACAAAGUGUUAGAAGAAAAGUCUUAAUAUGGUCACAUCAAUUAGAAAUAUUUCUUAGUUGGCGACGGUCAACCCGGUAGUGGUUUUAGCUUCUUCUGAUUUCAACAACAAUCUUUUUGGAAUGCAAUUUUUGUAGUUUUCCCUUUCACUAAUAAUUUUGUAACAACUAAACCACAUGUUCCCUCUGUUUGACCUGUGUUUGUUCUUGAUAGUAUCCCUUUUUUUCCUCAUACAUGUUAAUUUUAUGUUCUGCAUCUAUGUUCUACCUUUUUGUAGGAACUUCUUAGUUCAGGGAUCACAGAUCAAGCCUCACACACAUCAACAGCUCCUGGUUCCCCACCGGACUCAAGAGAAAAACUACAGGAGGAGUCAGACGUCCGGUCAGCCACUGAGGCCACCUUAGGACCCCAGCAACAGAGUCAUCCAAGAACUGACCAAACACCUGCUGGUCUUCCCAUGUCCCCAAAUGCAGAGACAAUGUCCCCGAGGAGCUUCAGCAAACUAAUGGAGAGGGUCAAUGAACUUGAAGCUCUUGUUGUAUCACUGAAAGAAGAAAAAGUGGACCAAUCACAGCUGAAAGACCUCAGAGAACUUAUCAGUAGGAAAGGUAACACGCUCGGCCAAAUCAGUAUGCAAGUUGAAGGAUAGGAAUAAGAAUCAAAACUGGAGUUUAACUCAUUUUCUCAGUGCGCCAUAAAUGUUAGCUCACAGACUGUAGCUUUUGUAAAAGGGUAAAUAAAACAUGCAAAGUUAAUUAAACUAAAUUGCAGAUGAAUUCUGAGUGUUUUCCCCCUGUUGUGCAGUAAUUGUUUGGUCUCAAAUUGUCUAUUUGGUUUCAGCAGAUGCAUCAAGAAAUCAGUCAAAUCAGCUGAACCAGCGAGGAGCUUUGAUAGACCCUCUGAUGAGUGACCGGGAAGAGGUGGGUGAGAAAACAGAAAAACUAUCCCUCAUUGUUAACCUGACUUUAGCACCAACACUGACUCCACACUAACACAGUGCUGGUCUGUGUUUUGAUGUUCAUGGUGCACAAAUUGGAGGAUUACAUGAAGCAGCUGGAGGUUAAUCAGGUUUUAACUGAGGAGAGCACGGCAGACGAAAACCUUCAGGAUCAGGUCAGACAGGUUAGUUAGGGUCAGGCAGUACACCAGGGUUAACAGGAAACAAUGAAAGGAAGGUGUUUCUUUUUUAUUUUCAGUUUGUGUCCAGGGCUCUGUAAGCUUUAGAUGAACACACAAUCACAGCCAAGGACUCUUACUACCUUCAUUUCUUCUGUUCUUGCAUGGCGGUAUGAUGGACAGUGAGAUCCAGUAUGAAGGGGGGUUAAUUCACAGAUACUGGAGCUAAAUAUAGCAGGCUAUUUAUCCAACACAGUUGAACACAGCCGUGCAUCAAGGAAAUGUAAAAAACCUACGUCUCAAAAAGACCUGUUGAUCGUCUCCAUAUUGUUUAGCAUGUUCCAGAACAAACUCUCAAGGAUGAGAUGUCCACAAACGCCAGCGUCUCAGAGAGCUGCACAGAGAUGGCAGUGUCCCAGAGGAGCUUCAGCAAACUGAUGGAGAGGUUUGAUAAACUGGAAGCACUUGUUGCAUCACUAAAAGAAGCAAAGGUGGAUCAAUCGCAGAUGAAACACCUCCAAGAGCUCAUCAACAAGAAAGGUAACCUCAGAUGAAGCAGGCGGAGUUUAAGCUCAAACAUGAGAGAAACAUUUUGUGCCACAUAAAGCAGAGAUUUCUUGACUUGAGUGAUUUGACUUACUCUUCUGUCACUCAUUCAAAGCAAUUGGGACUCAGAAAAAGGGGAUGUUGUGUAGUUUGUGUAUAUUAGGGACAGUACUGAUAAAGCACAUGAACUGGGAUUUUAGAUUUUCACCCUGCAAGACAAGCAAGGAUUUCAUUUGUAAGCUGAUUAAAUUAUGGUUUCACGUCAUGCCAUCUUUUAAAACUUCAGAGGUAGCUUCAAGCCUAGAAAAAUUUAUCAAAACUGCUCUGACAAACCGUAAAACGAAAUUACAUUUAAAAAGUUAUGAUAAAAAUUUUAAAAAUCAUUACAAAGGUCAUCUUGUUUUAAAAUGAAAUUUCUCUUUGGCUUCUUAUUUCCUGAGCCACCAUGAGACUAACUUACACCUAAGACUGCGAGCUGCAAACCCCUCUAAACAAACAAAACAACAACACAGAAUUCAAUUAUUCAUCAUUCAUCAUAUUCAUCUUUCAAUCAUUUAUCUUAAAGCUCCUGUUCGGAUCUUUCAGAUUGUGUCGAUCUACUCUUCUUUUACCUCUUCUUUUGACCAUAAGUUUUUUUUUUUUUACUAAUUUACAAUUUAAAAUAAUUUCAUUGUCUUUUGCAAAUCUUAAAAAAAGACAUUGAUGUAAUUUUCAGUCUGUUUUGUAAACAUUAAAAAACCCUCACAGGUGCUUUAAUUCACACGAGCUGGAUCAGGGUAUUUUCUAAAAUGUUACUCGUUGCUUUAUUUUUUAGGAGAUUUUUCUUGAGUGUUUGCCUUGUGUAAUGGUACAUUGUUGAUUUGGUUUCAGUGGAUGUACCAGAAAACCUGUCAGACCAGCUAAAGCAGCAGGAAGCUCUGAUAGACCGUCUGAUGAGUGAUCAUGAAAAGGUGGGGAAAAGUUCGUGACUUAAACUUUGAUGAUGUAGCUUAAGAGAUCCAAAUGUAUGUUUUUAUUCAUUCAAGCUGAAAUAAUUUGAAAAUAUUGAGUCUUUCCAUACUUUUUGCGUAGCUUUAGACUCAACUUGUGAGUGUUGAGAUCAGUUCAGAUGUUGGUCUGUACUUUCAUGUUCAUGGUAUGCAGGAAGUUCUUACAGAAGCUGGAGGCCGACAUAAAGCAGCUGAAGGUUAAACAGGCUUUAACAGAGGAGAGCAUGGCAGACCAACAGCGACAGGAUCAGGUCAGACAGGGAGACAUGUCACUGAGGGUCAGGGGGCACACCAUGGCUGAUAGAUCAUUAAAAGGAUUUAUAUGGUCCUCAGAGUUGUUAAAUGUAGAGUUUAUAGUGACACCAGCUUCAUAGUGAGGGAAUGGAAGAAGCUUUGUCAAAAUCAAGAUGUGAACUGACACAGAAAGACCUUGACAUGUUUUAUUAAUACUUCAUCAGUUGUCUUGGUAAAGCUUUACACGCGAUUAUUUCAGGGUGAGUGUUUGAAUAAAACCAACAAACCUCACCUUGGCUGACAUUCCUUCGAUCUACACGACACAUGAAGAAGACCGCUGCUCCACAAAAUCUCUGAAGUUCAACAUAAAACUGUCUCCCACUUUUCUGUCUCUGCACUCAGGAUGCAGAGCUGGUGAACAGCCUGCAGAGGGCGAUCCUUCAGCUUCAAGCAGAGUGUGAAAAACUGCAAGAGACCACCAGGAGUCUGCAAGAGGACAACAGCCAGAGACAGAAGGAUAUCCAGGUUCAAAGUUUUUUACAACUAUUCUCCCCCCAGUUCAACUGUUUUCAUCAUUCUUUUGUUUUGGGUUUGUUUCUUCUUUUUGUGCAGGAGCUGUUCAAGACAACAGAGGAGCUACAGGAGAACAAAGCUGACAAGCUUUUGGUUGAGAGUGCAACUGUGAGUGGGUUCAUUUUAUAUUUAUGAAUGUAUGCAGAGGAUUAUCAGUCUUUACUGAUGACUUACAGACAGAAUCAAUGAGUGUUAAGAUAUAAGACAGCCAUAGAAGGUGCUUAUGUACGGUGGUUGCUAUGAUUAUUAAAAGACAGAGGAUUCUCAAACUUCUCUCCAUUUCUGCAGAAAACUGAUCAAUUGGCUCUGGACGGCAAAGUGAGCCGUGUGCAGUUUGACUCUGUGACAGAGGAGCUCAACACGCUCUUCCAAGAGCUGCUGAACAAGGUGACGGGCCAGGAGCAGGACUGGCACCAAGUCAUCGGCAGACUGUCCUCUGAGAUGGAGUGUAAGGUAAAUGUCGGAGCGUUUAGGAAACAGGUUGAUUUGCGGUUAUUUUAGACACAAUAUCUAACUUGUAAUCUGGCUUUAGCUGAAUCGGAUGGAGUUUGAUCCUGUGAAGAAGCAGCUGGAGGACCGCUGGGAGAAAAUCCACAAGAAGCUGCAGAAUCAAGAAGCUCCAGAGUGUGACGAUGCCGCUGCUCUAAAAACGUAGGUAUUGACACCUCAUUCAGUCAUUGACAGUAGAGCUCACAUUAUUCUCAAAGGUCUUACAUUUUACAGCCACAUAUCUUCCCAAAUGUCCACAUUUAGAAAACUACUUCAGAAUAAAGAUUUUUUUUUAUUAUCUCCAGACAACUCGUGGAAAGAUUUCGCUGCCUGUCCUGUGACCGACCUGUCACCAAGAACUUCCUGGGACCGUGAGUCUGCUCUCAGUCACUGUUUAUCACACAGAUAGUUACAGUUUCAAUGAGUUGAUCUCCACACUGAGAAUGUUUCCCAGGUAAAUGAUAUGUGCUUUUUGUCAAACCUCUCUUGUUUUUGAAUCUAAUCUGCUCGUCUUGGGUGUUUGUUUUGGGCUCCAUGAAGGAAUUUGAUGGAGCUGCCGAUCUCUGCUGGUGCUCCUUCCAAUAAGAGCAACUGGCAAUUUAUGGUGAACCCUCAAGAGAAGUUUCAACAGCACAACAGAAGGUGAGAUCAGCAGUUUAUCUUCUGACUGAAUCUACUCUGUUCUCUGUUCACCAGCAGGGGGCACAAGACAGCUGAAAGAAAUCCAUUACAGGCCAAACAAACAGGAGAACAGGCAACAGGCAGAGUUUCUGUGGAAGGAAUAAUGUCAUGUUAGUCUUUGAAUUUCAGAGCAUCAAUUAGUUUGUUCUCAGGUUAGAGUUUGAGUAUUUUUUGCCUGGAUUCAGGACAUUGUGUGAGCUCUUCACAGACAGAGGACUCUCAUUGAAAACAUGGUUCUAAUAUUCCGUGGGACAAUGACCAUCUAUCACAGUUUUUUAAUGUAUUCAAGUAUUGUGCAAAAACUUCUUCUAACCAUGUCCUCAAUUUUUUAAACUUAAUAUUACUGUGUUUACUCACUGAGGUCAAUAGAGCACAGACUAGCCAGGUUACGACAAGAGCAUCCCCUGCUGGAUCAUACAACACACUACUUCAGGCAGUCUGAUACGUUAAUAUACUGUAUUGUUCGGAAUUUGAAUGGCUAAUCCCAGUUUGAAAUAUGAACUUUUCCCCCCAAAACUAGAAUGAAGGUUGGAAUUCAUAUAAAAAGUGACAGCCUGAAUUCCCAAAAAGGUAACGCUGUCGAAGAAGCCUUGCCCUGAAUUUUUCCUAAGUUGCGUAUAGUGCUUUUCCACCAAGCAGCUCAGACUUUUAUCUUGCAUUUUCACAGCAGAUCAUGACCUAACCUGACACUUCACGCAGGGAAUGUGUUGGCUGUGCAACAGAAUGGCUUGACUUUUGCACGCAUGUCAACAGUGAAAUGCAUCUUCGCACAUCUUAUUUAUUGAAGUUAUUUGAAGAAUAUUUAAGACUGCCUGCAUUGGGAGCAUAUCUCACAAAACGCUUUACCAUGUGCGUCAAUGAUCCCUGCCAAAAAUACAUCGGAAAAAUUAUGAGCUGAGGGCUGUGUUCCCAAUGUCAAAAUAAAUGCUGAUGGUUGGCUGGGUGCCCUAACAGAAGGGUGUCACGAAAGUAGGACAGACUGGAUGUAUUUUUAAUACCUCUCCAAACUUUUGACAGCAGAAUUGCAAAGUCAGGCUAAAAAAUGUAGUUGUGUCCCUCAAAAUUUUGGAUCAGCUUCACUUCUUUGACCAAAAAAAGUCCUCCGAUUUUAUCAACACUCUCUGCAGAUGAACACUCUCAGCUCGGUGUUUCAUCCCAGUGUGGGCAUAUUGUUUUAGAAAUGUAAAGCAGCAGCUCUCGAUCACUCCCCUGUUGACUGUGUUCAAAACAAUCACAGCUCCACUAUUGAUUCUCACUGAUUUUUUUUUUCUCUGACCACACAGCCAAUAUUUCUGUGAGCUGAAGGACUACACUUACCCACCUGUAUCAAGGAGCUGCGGAGGGAAAGAGACAAUCAUAACCCGACCUAUGUACUUCAGGAACCUGAGGAAAUGAGAGAAAGAAGAGCCAGAGCGCAGAAAAGUGUCCCUCCAAAGGUUUGUAAAAGUGCGAAACUGUUACAUUUUUCACACAAGAGGGUAACUGCAUCUUUGGGGACUACUUUCAGUGGCGGAUCAAUCAAUUUUUCCUACCAUUUGCGCUUUUUGAGCAGCUUUGGACAGCGUCAAUGUUUUUAGCCAAACUAAAGUCACUGAAAUUGGUGAUUCAGUUUCAAUACUUCUUGACAACAAUGAAAGAGGCUGUGUGAUGCACAAAUAUGCUAAGUUUUUAUCACAGUUUUCAUUGAUCUAUGAAUCAGUAAUUAUUGCUCUAACACUGUGCAGAUCCUUGCUGAAAAGCCACACACUGCAGAGAAGACUGAGUUAGCUGCUCUGAUAUAUAUAUAUACUAAGUGUUGCAUCAUGACAGGAAAUGUAUCACUACAACCAGCAAAAGUGCACAUCCUGUUCACAGAAACAUCAGGCUGAGAGGAAAGAACAUUUUGAUGAGAAAGAGCACUUUGAUGAGUAAAAAUGAAAUGGGUGGGGGUGGAGGGUGAACUUCUUUUGACAUGCGGUUACAACUGGUUCUGUAUUUUUUCCUGUAGUUGAAGAAUUUGGCUGUAUGAUGAAUGACCUACUAAAGUGUGCCUGAUGCUGAUGCAGCUGUUUUGGAAAUAUUCCACUGACCAAGACACAUUUCAGUACAUUUACUCAAGAACUUAAGCACAGUUUAAGACACUUGUGUUCAUGAAGUAUGUCAUAGCUAUGAUACUUUAUACUUUGAUCUGUCUUUGCAGCUGAUCAGUGUGUGGUUAGAUGACAAUAGAUGUGUUGCAUCCAAAAAAUAGUACUACAAAAUGGCUAACAACAGAGAGAGAAGCGUGUGAAACAAUUCAAAAUACUGCGUACACUAGCAUCGAGAUAAAUGUUUGGGUCUGACUGUGUCAAGAUUUCUCACAGACUGUGUAUAUUAGGGACAACUUGGUUCCGCCUUCCGCCAGUAUACGGAUUCGAAGCCGAAAAGCUCUCGGUAAUUCCGCGUUUUCUCUCCAUUUCCUGAAACCAACAUUGCGCAGUAGCCUUGUACGCACUCCACCACUUGCGCAGUAGCAUUGUGCGCAUUCAAGUCGCUGUGAUGACACUCAGCUUAAACAGCGUAUCCCUCGGGUGAGCUACACAAUCUUCGCACGCCCAUAGGCUGCAUCAGGUGUCAAUCAUGAAAAUAUGAACCCCCAAAUAACUUUUAAAAUGGAGCUGUACAGAAAAAAGAGGACUUGAGCACAAACCAGUCUUACAAUAACUACAUGUCAACAUCACAAGCAGGGGGGAGAAAAAUGUAUAUCCUGUGUAAUAACUUCCUACAGUUUGUCCAUAGGGAUUGCUGGAGGAGGCGGAAUUUAUGACCUUUACUGCAGCCUGUCACCAGAGGGUGCUGUUCUCGGAGUGACUUCACCCAGUGAGGAGGCAGACGCUGCCCAUUCUGUAUACAGUCUAUGAGAUUUCUUCAAACUAGCUUAAGUAGCAGUCGAUUGCUUGGUUUAUAGCGCUGCUAGUUAAAUGCCCAGGUUCUCAACAAUUUGGCCAAGCUGCUAAAGAUCGUUUUGGGUGAUACACUUAACUAUUGACAACCCAACUAAAGAAAACAACAUCCUAGUUUUAGAUUAGAUUAGAUACUUUAUUUAUCCUUUAGGGAGGUUCCCUCAAGGAAAUUAAAAAGGACUGAAAAUUGGACUAAGAUCGGCAAUUAAAGUAUACUUGCAACAAGCUAAUGCUAACCUAAUGGUAGGGCUCAAACCCAACUUGUGUUGUUAUUCGGCAGCUUAAAAACAGUCUGAUAAAAAAUUUAACUUAGAAGAAAAUUUAGAAAAUCCAGAAGUGCUUAGUCAUAGUGCUAGCCACUAGCUUACAGCUUUGCUAGCUAACAACCUACUGACUUCAAAUGUUUUGAAACAAACUAAACUCAUUUCAAUGUCCUUGUGCCCCUGGUAUCUUGAAAGUCAAAAACAUGAUUCUCAUGAGCCAACAGCGUCCAAAAAGUCUUUCCUCUACCACAGCACAUGGAGAAAUUAACCUUUAACAAGCAAUACUGAACAGCCAGGAGGGGGCAGUGUCAUCUACAACACUCCCACAAUCUACUGAAUAUCUUGUCAAAAUUGUAUCGAGCUGAAAGAGAUCUUAAAAAGUCAUGUUUUCAUUUUAAAGUAUAAAAUCUUCUCUUUAUUUUUAUAAACCCAAAUUAGCAUCUGAAUUAAAAUGAGAUGUGCUGUUUAUUAAGAAUACGCAUCUUUUUGCAGCAGCAGCGCAUUGUUAUGAUUUUGUCAUUGAAACAAAGUCACAAAUCUCCUUAAAGCUUGAGUCUGAUGGGAAACAGUAACUCGGUUUAGCAUUCUGCUCCAACCACAUCCUUCCUCAAGCUUUGGUGUUACUGAUGCAAAGACUUUGUCUCAGUUCUGAUAGUAGUAAGAAAUCCAAGAAGAUGAACCCACAGAAAGUAGCAGAUCAUACGUUGUUUUAUUAAACAUAUAAAUACAAAUUUCAACAGAGGAAAUGAACACAAAGUACAAAGAGAAAUCUCUAUAAAAGAGCGGAGCAGUGAACCUUGAGAAAAAAAUAUCACCUGGUAAGAACCAAAAAAAAAAGUUGAAUAAAGGCUGAAGUGAAGUAAAACAAAGAAAAAUCAGCCAGUUUUUGUGAAAUCCUCAGGCAUGGUUUUGACACGGGCUGUAAUUCACUGAUACCUAAAAGUCUGAUUUCAAACGAAGAAGAAACGUCAGCGUGGAUUUCCAGAACAGUCGUUAAUCCCCUCUGCAGGAAGCUCGCUCAUUAAACACAGCAGGGAACAGAUCCAAAACAAAUCUGCUAAUUCAAACAUUCGCUCCGACUUGUCUACAGGCUGCUGCAGAGUUUGAGUCAAAGACACAUCAUGAUACCGCGAUAGAAAUGACUGUUUGACUCAUGGCAGUUCAUUUGAAACUGAUUUACUGGGCCAUACCGCUGGUUUGACUUAUUUUGAAAUGCUCCCUUAAAGUCACACAGCCUUACACUUUUCUCCUCAAACUUUUGAAUGUGUGACCACUAUUUAUCGUGUUGUGUGUUACCGCUAACAGCAAACACACAAACAUGAAGAGCUUAUGUUAGGGAUAAAUUAAACUAAACGGGUUUCUAUAGCUGAUCUGAAUCAAAGUAAAAGGAACCCUGAUGUGGAAUAGUUCUACCCAUUGAAAUAGAUGAAUCUAUUACAUUCAUAGUUGGAUGUGCGUCCACUGCUGCAGAUAACUUAAACUUUGAUCAGUGGAAGUUUUAAAAGUGAGAUUUUGCGUAUUUAACUCGUCUAAGCUUUGGUGUUUUUGCCGUUGCUGUGGUAAACAAAGAAGAAGGAGACUUCAUGAGGAGAUUCUUUCACUGUUUUCUCUCAUUUUACAGAUCAAACAGGAAACAGAGGAAUCUUCCCCGUAAGUCUUGGAGCUGACGCAGUAAAGACUUGAUGUGCAUCACCACUUUGGGAUGGCUAAUCUAUUAAAACAAGUAAACUCCAAAAACAUGUCGAGCUGUCUUGCUUUUCAGAGCGAUUUAAGACUAAGGUAUAAACAUCUUCAAACUUGCGAAAACAAAGGUGUGGCCCUUUAAAGCAGGUCGAUACCGCCUGUCAUGCAUUUUUCCUUUACGUCAUGAGAUAGCUUGUUAAAUUUCUGUACGGCCGAUAGAUUUGAUCAGUACCCAUGAAGCAGUUCACGCAAGUGGAAUAAAAAACAUUAUCAUCAACAGUGAAGCUUGACCUCCCCGAGUCCAAGAACCUGCUUUAAAAGUGAGCAGGCGUGAGAAGAAAGUGCGGGACAGUAAAACCAGAAAGUACAGAGUAUUAAAAAACAGAGGGACCACUUUGAUUGUCUGCAAAGAACAAACUCUUCUUCCUCUCUGCAUCCAUCACUCCCUGACAAAAACAACUUCCUCUUUAUGAUGAAGUGGCUGUGUGUAAACUUGAGACUAAUCUACUCGUGAGUUCCUGUGAGAAGAAGAUGACAUCAAGGUUUGUUUUCUUUUGUUUUUCUAUCGUCGUGGAUUCAAACAUGAGCUCUGCUGUGGAGUCUUCAAACGCUCUGAUCCUGUCUGUGUGUGCAGCAGAGAUACAUUCAGACACACAGAGGUAGGAGUGGUUGAGUGUCUGACAGGUUGUGUGGAAAAUCACUGAGUUGGCUUCCAAUCGCCCUCCGCCACAGACAGACAGACAGACAGAGACAGACAGACAACUGCAUGGAAAUUGUCUCAAACCAGAUACAUGUUUCUUUUGUGUGAGUUCAUCAUCAUUUGGCUGAGGUUUGUAUGUACAAUAAAAAUAAAAAACGCCUCUUACUGUCAAUCUGAACAGAAAUCACCUCGAGGCUUUCAGCUGGAUAAUUACAAACUCCUCCUGCGAAAACAGCGAGUGAGAAGUGUGGCAUCACCAACCAGACAAGUCUCUAGAGAAAACCAGGAGAACUUACAUCGUCCAUCAUCCAUACAUCAGAUUAUUGCAAACUUCUACCGAAAGCAUCCUCCAUGUUUCCACUGUACUCCUCUAACAGUCCAUCCUGCUUACAUGAGUUUGAGCUCACAUGUUACCUUUGUUUAUUCAUGAGGUUGAAAACUUCCUGCUGUUCUCAAGGUGUUUCCAGAUUUAAAAGGACACUCUCUUGAAAAACAUGGAUGCGACAUUGCAAUUCCAGAAAAACAACGGAUUUUAUUACUGAUAGCUAGCAAACAUAAUUACUAACGGUGCGUCACUUUUGGAGACAAGAGUCAUCAUUUAAUUGAGAGAUAUAAAGAACUAUUUAUCUGACAAAUUAUCCAUUACAUCCAUUUUCUAUAAGACUAAUUUCCGAUUUUGAUUGUGACAUGGGGUAAUGAGGCCACAGGCUGGAAAACAACCUCGGCUAACCUCUGGAUAAGGGGGCAGUUUGUUAACUCAGACGCAACACAAUAUGUCUGUUUCUGUUAAAAAGAGUUGUUUGUUGAGCUGAUUAAGAACUGAAAAAGGUUUCUUGCUGAGUUUGUGAUUAUAAAGCAGCUUUUGAGGCAGAGAUUUUCCAAAAACAGUUCAGUUUCCACAAGUUUAACAAUUUCUUUAAAAAAAAUGAAUUAUGUCUCAAACACUGACAUAGAGGCCUGAAUAUGUCAGUUGUGUUUUAACUAAUGUUUUGUGCUUUGCCCAAAUGAUUCAAUUAAUAACCAAAAAAAGGAGAAAAAAAACCCACCCACAUUAAUUAAAGCUCCUGUGAGGAACUUUUAGUUUCUAUUUCGAUGCUCCCAGUGGACAAAGCAGUCUUUGUUGAUCUAAAUUGCUUAAGUAGUGUCUUCUGACAUACAAAUCUCAUUAUCCUGACUUUAGACAGUCAAACUGAUCAUUAAUGAAUGUGAAAAAUAGUCAAAACAGGACUGUUUCUUUAACUGCUUAACUGACACUCACACCCCCUCACACCAGUUUUAGGAAUUCAAAAUUACAAAACGAAAAUCUUCAGUCUUGACCCUGAAGCUUUGCUUGUGUUUGGAUAUCAUAAAAAAAGAAUCAAUAUAAGAUUUCAGUCUAUUUCAUAAAUUUGAACAAACCUCCUCAUAGGAGCUUUAAUUACCAUCUCAUCUGUUUCUUUAAAGCUCCCCUGUGAAACUUUUUGUGUUUAUUCUGACACCCCUGGUGGACAAAGCAAUCCUUACCUAUCCUGUCCUGCUUGAAUAGUGUCUUCUGACACAAAAUCUAAUCCUGCUGACCUUUGAUAGUCUGUUUUUCUUAAUGCAAAUAUUGUAAACACAGGGCUGUCUCUUAAGCUGACACAUACCCCCUCACACAGGUUUCAGGCAUUAAAAAUCAGGAAAUACAAAAUUGUCCAUCUGGUCAUUAACAGUCUUGUUUACAAUAGUCUUGGUAUCAUGAAAAUGCAUGAAUGAGAAUUUCAGUCCAUUUCAUAAACAUGAUAAAACUCCUUAUGGGAGCUUUAAAUAUCAGAUUCAGUCUCCCUGUACUCCACUCACUGGUGGAGAUAUUUUUGAUCAUUCAACAGGUGUAAAAAUAUUUGCAAGUGCUGCAUGCUCCAUCCAUCGUGACAAAUGUCAAGUUUUUGAUUAAAAUGAUUAAAUUGAAGUAUCUCACGUUCUCGUGUUAUGAAGACAUACACAGGAAUAUGUUUAGUGCCCAUAUUUGUUGAGGUGAUUCUGGAAAUAUCUUGAGAUCAGCUGGAAGUGUUUAGAAAUUCAGUGGAUGUUUGUAAUGGUAACACAUGAGGACGCCGCGUCUUUCAGGGUUAAAUCAUCCCCCCGUGAAGCUGUGAAUUUAUGGCUACAGCUUCUAUUACCCUCCUCAACCUGUUCACAUUCACAUAAACACUCAACCCUCCAGAGCAAUAUCAUCCAUAAGCAUCUUUUCAUCUGCUGGUUAUUGGCAACUUCAUGCCAGGUUAUUUUUCUACCCCGUGAAAGACUCGAUUAAAAAAUAAGAAAAACUGAAGCAGUUCAGCAGGUAAGAUGGCUCCUCUCCUCGUGAGUGCUCUGUGGGGUCCUGGGCAUGUUUGCAUUGAUGAUUACAGACAGUUUCUGUGUUUGUGGGUGUUUUCUCAUAAAAUGACGCAUUGAAGGCGCAGAGGAGAGGUGUCCAGACUGCUCUUCAUCACUUCAGGAAAAAAACAAACAAGAGAGGGAAACAGCAGUGUCUUUGUCUUUUUUCCAUUUCCUCUCCUCCACGUCAACCUCCCCGACCCAG